CAAGUCACGAUUUCACGUUAAGUCUAUGAUCGAUAAAAUAAGCAAUAUGAUUAAAAGCCUUUCCAUAUUUCAGGAAAAUCAACAUCUUAGGAAUGAAGAUAUAUUUAAUACAUUAAGCAUGGUGAAAGGAAAAGUCGUUGAGUUGAAGAAAAUACUGAACAACAGAUCACUGAUUAUGCGUGAUUUUGAAUCGAAAAUACAUAACAUAUGCGCUGACCUUGUGAUGGAAAAUCAUCUUCUAAGUAUUGAUCGUGAGAACUCGGUCAUCCUGAGAAGGAAGGUCACGGAAUUAGAGAAGGACAUUGAAUGUGGGUAUAAAAGGCAAGAUAACAUGAGAGCAGCUCUCGAAAAGUGCCAGAUAUUUAAUGAAAAAUUGCAGCUUGAUAACGAUGAAUUGCAUUCGAAACUGACGUCUGAAAAAGAGAAGUACGCUGAAGCGCAUGGGAAUCUUUUGAAGUCAGAGGCCUUGAUCAAACUUCUACAAGGACAAACGAAAAUGAUUGAAGAGGAAGUGCAGGAAAUGAGAACAAAGGUGUCUGAAGUCAAAAAGGAACUGGAAGAGGAGAGGGCUAAUUGUUCAAAAUUAAAAGAAACGCUGGAGGCCUGCGAAAUCAGAUAUAAUGAACUGAAGUUGAGUGAUGAGGAGAACCGGAAAGCUCUAAGCCUGGCACAUUCUGAAAUCAAGGGAAGAGAAGAGCAACAAGAAGAAUUAAAAAAUCAGCUGACAGUUCUCAACCAAGAGAAACAGGAGAAUAUUCUGAAACAAAUGCAGUUGUCUAACAAUAUAAACAAUCUCACAAUGCAACUGGAGUAUUCACAACAAGAAGUCGGACAGCAGAAGUUAAGAGAGAAAUCCAUUCAAGAGCAAAAUCAAAGACUCGAAACUAUGAAGAAUCAGUUACAGAAACAAACUGAUGACAUGACCAAUGAGAUAGUGUCUUUGAAGGAGAAGUUAAAUCAAAAAGACCUUGAACUGAAACAGAAACAGGAUGAUAUCGACAGUCUAAGGCAAACAAUGGAUCGAAACACCAUCGAGAGCUCAGAAGGGAAUAAGGAGGUGGUCAAGAAAUUGAAUGAACUCCUGAACCUAAUUGACAAGCUUGGAGAAGAAACUAAGGAAGUGAAUCGAAAUAAGAUGGAGAUUCUGAAGAAACAAGCAAUGAGAGAAGAGGAAAUCGAAAAGCUGAAAGCGAAAACAGCAGACCAAGAAAAAGAAUUGCAGGAGUCACAUGAUGAAAGUGAAAGACUACGUGGAGAGAUGAGGAGGAUGAAACAAAAAGAUGCGAAACAGGAAAGAAUCCUGGCUGAAAACAAUAAAGAAUUGGUGAAACUCCGAGCGAUUGAAAGGGAAUACCGAGAAUUUCAGCACCAGAUUUACUCAAACUCUCCGCCCAUCAGUACUCAGUUACCUGGAGUAAAUCUCGCGGAAGUAACUCGAACUCCGAGAUCACCAGCCUCUUCUCUAGAACUAGACGGUCUGGGUAUGAAUGGGACAACAGCUACGACACCAAACAGCAUACUGAAGCAACCGGGUCCAGGAAGCAAGCGUAGACGAGUUUCCUUUGCACCAGUCAAGUAUGAAGCUCCUGAUUUGAAGAUACAGGCUGAUCAAACAGCUUCAGACGAUAGCGAUGAGGAAUAUAAACUCACACCUAUAGUGGAGAUAAGUCCAUCUCCUAUGAAUCCUCCUAACAAUAGUGAGCUACAGACACUUGAGCAAGUAAGUUUCACUUGUCUUGUAUCACCUACAUUUACGUUACUAAUACUCACUAAUGUGGAUAAUAAUCUAAAGUGA